GAGAGUAGUGAAAGAGGUUGUUUUUAAUUUCGCAGUUUCAUAGCAAUUAUCGCCGAAAAAUCCAAAAUUUCCACUCCUAUCUCUCUGCUUAUGACAUCCCUAACAUCUAUCUACUCUACCCACUUUCUCAGUUUCAGCUCCCAAUUAUCGUUUUGAUCCUUCUGGUUGCUUCUUAGUUUGAUAAUCGAAAGUGGGUCUCUUCCUUUUCACGAAAUUAAGAAUGUUUCUGGCUCGAUCCUUUCUUUUUUGAUGGAAAAUUUCAUUGUUUGCACACGUGAGCAAGAGAAGCAGUGCUUAUCCAUAUUACAGGGGUUAUGUGAACUGAAGAGGGAGGGUACUGGUUUGUGGAGGCAGUGACACUUCUGCAAGCUUAGAAUCCUCUCUCCGAUUUCUUUUUUAAAUGAAAACAGUUAGUGUGUUGUUGUUGGAGGCUCAAAGCUUGCAUGUAAGACCAUCUGGGUUUUGGUGAUCAGUUUAAGCUAAAGAAAGUUUGAGAAGCUGGAACAAUGGGUUCUGUUUGCUGUUGUAUGAGUUUUGAUGAUUUUGAAGAUUAUGUAAAUCCAAAUAGUACCGUAUAUAGGAACUGCGUGUGUCUCAGUUGCUUGGCACAGAACCUUUUGAAUGUGUAUGCAUCAAUAUUCCGUCGAGGGGAUGCACACUCAAUCCCUUCAUCUAUUCAGGGGGCAGCAUCUAUGAAUUCUUCUGCGUCACUUGAUAAUUCUCUAUCUGACAUGUACCGUUCUCCUCCAAGGCCAUUACCGUAUGAUGUAGAACCCAGAUAUUUUCGCUCGCAACGUGAUGGACUAGUUUCAAGGCGGGAGAAGGGUUCAAGUCAUUCUAAUGAGGAAACAGAACCUCUAAGAAAUGAUGUAGAUGUGGAUCCAGAGUCUUUAAAUUCAGGAGACAAGUGGAAUGGAAGUGCCCGUGAAGCUGGAUCAAAGGAAUUCCAUUCUAAGUCCUCCCUAAGAAUUUCAUCAACAAAAUAUUCAGCUGGAGCUGGCCUGAUCUAUGCAUCAUCAGAAGACGAGGAUGUCUGUCCAACUUGUCUUGAAGAAUACACUAAAGAGAAUCCAAAGAUAAUGACCAAUUGCUCUCAUCAUUUUCACCUUGGUUGCAUUUAUGAGUGGAUGGAGAGAAGUGACAACUGUCCAGUUUGUGGAAAGGUGAUGGUAUUCGAUGAAACGACUUUCACUUGAUUAAAAGGUUUAUGUCGUGGAUGAAGUCAGCAACAGAGGCAUUGAAGAAUAUAAGUAUAGACAUUGUGAAUACUACAGAUUAAGUGCUUGUCAUGUAUAGUAAGUACGAAAAGUUUUCUCAAUCAUUGUUGUGAGUUCAUUCUAAUUCCACGUGUUUUUUUGUGUUUAAACAUUUCAACUUGUCCAAAACUGUGAAGAAAGAAAGAAUAUGCAAUUUUAGAUGGAAAAUUUGUGAUGGCUUCAACAUA